ACUGAAACCGAUCAUGAGCUCAGAGGGCCUUUAUUACCGCUGAGCGCUGCUCGGCUUCCUGACUUACUGGGAAAGUGGAAGCCUGUAUUAUUAUUAUUUUAAUUUUUUUUUAAGUAUGAGAACUGUUUUUUGAGAUUUUGUGUUUGUAUUUAACGUGCAGCUUGCAGAAGGCGGAUUUUCUGUGCAGGUUGUGGACUGAAAGAGACACAAAGCUGGGAUAUUCUGCCUUUUUCUGUUGAUGCAACUUUGCUCCGGGUUCCGUGCAGGAGUUGCCAUCCACCAUGCUAAGAUAAAGGUGCGGAACCGUGUUCUGAAGAUGCUAAAGCGCCUGGACAAGAUAAGAUUCAGAGGACAGAAGCGUGACGAGUUCCUGGACAUUGCAGAGUCGCCCAAUGCUUCGGACAGCGAAUGCAACGAUGACCUCUUGAUAAAACCUCCAGCCUCCGUUAAAGAUGGAGAGGAAAUACGGGACUCUGCUGGUUCAGGGUCCAUCAUCAUGGCUGCUACUAUCCAGGACUACCAGAGGACAGAGGUGGACAGGCUCAAUGAGGUCAAGGGUCACCUUGAGAUCGCCUUAUUGGAGAAACAUUUCCUUCAGGAAGAGUUGAGGAAACUUCGAGAGGAGAUGAACGUGGAGACACUGAAGCAGGAACUUGAGAAAGAAAAGUUGAAAAGACUUGAACUUGAACAGAAAAUGAACGAAAUCCUAAAGACCAGACCAGAGGACUCCCCACCACCUCCUUCCAAAAUUCAUGGUCCUGCUGACAAUGGAACAGGAGAAAAGCAGAAGGAGUCUGUGAGCUCGAAGCUUUGGAAAUGGCUGUAUGAGCGCUUUGGCGUGUACAUCGAGGACUUCCGCUUCCAGCCUGAGGAAAACAUGGUGGAGACGGAGGAGCCACUCAGCGCUAAAAGAUUAACUGAAAACAUGAGACGACUCAAACGAGGGGCUAAACCUGUGACAAAUUUCAUGAGGAACCUUUCUGCCUUAUCCAGCUGGCACUCUGUCUACACAUCAGCCAUCGCCUUCAUUAUCUAUAUGUAUGCUGUGUGGCAUGGCUGGGCAAUUCCUAUGUUUCUCUUCUUAGCUAUUCUCCGUCUGUCUUUAAAUUACCUCAUAGCAAAAGGCUGGAGGAUACAGUGGAGUAUUGUGCCUGAGGUGUCUGAGCCAGUGGAGCCUCCAAAAGAAGACUUGACUGUCUCAGAGAAGUUCCAGUUAGUGCUGGAUGUGGCACAAAAAGCGCAGAACCUGUUUGGAAAGAUGUCUGAUGUUUUGGAGAAAAUCAAAAACCUGUUCAUGUGGGUGCAGCCUGAAAUCACUCAGAAGUUGUACGUCGGUUUGUGGGUGGCGUUCAUUGCUUCCUGCCUGCUGCCAUACAAACUCUUAGGCUUCAUAAUCGGGCUCUAUGCUGGAAUCAAGUUCUUCAUCAUUGACUUUAUCUUCAAGAGCUGCCCCAAAUUUAGAGACAAAUAUGACACACCCUACAUUGUAUGGAAAAGCCUGCCAACUGACCCACAGCUCAAAGAACGUCACGGCAGCACCUUGAGCAGACGGCACAUCCAACCUGUGGUCACCCGUGGCAGCCUAGUAGCCGGAGUACCAUGUGGUGUUGGGCGUGACGAGGAGAGUGGGCGUGCCUACAGCACCAAAAGAGGCCCUUUCCAUGAAGUCUUCAACUUGUCUGAGAACGAGCGCCCCUUACCGGUGUGUGAGAACGGGUGGCGCUGCUGCUUAAUCAACAGGGACAGGAAAAUGCCUACUGACUACAUCCGAAAUGGCUACCUCUACGUGACUGAAAACUACUUAUGCUUUGAGAGCUCCAGCUCCCGUUCUACAUCCUCGAAGAAGAAUAAAGUCAUCAAACUCCAGGACAUUACAGACAUUCAGAAGUAUAAGGUUUUGUCAGUAUUGCCUGGAUCUGGGAUGGGAAUCUCAAUAGCCACACCAUCUACACAAAAGCCUCUGGUUUUUGGUGCCAUGAUUCACCGGGAUGAAGCCUUUGAGGCCAUCAUCAGCCAGUACACGAAGAUCAUCGGUGCCACUCCCCCUGUCACAGUGACAAACCCAGAAACGUAGAACACGUGGUGAAGAGUUUUGCUGGCGCUCCAAUUGAACAAGGAGACUUCAGCUGAGGAGCAGCUUCUUCCAUUUUUCCUUGUCCUCUUCGAAGAGGUGUAGGGAUACAAAGAAAGAUUAAAAAAAAAAAGGAAUCCAGGUCUCUUUGGGUGCCCAUGCUACAUUUUUAGGAAAGUGUUUUAAACAUGGCUCCUUCGUGAUGAGACGUUUGCACCAGUGUUUAUCGUGUAUCUCAUUUGCAAUCCACUGAAAUGCUGUUAUGGAACAGGAGCUGGUUCUCACAGUUUCUCGUCACGAUUCUAGUCUUCUGUGUCAUUUUUGUGUCUUAUAUAUAUCAGUCUUGUCACCUAACUUUUAAUCCCGGAGCUGGUUCUCUUUGCUGUUUCCGAGACUCUUCUCACCUGUGUUUUAACCCCCUCUCUUUUUUCUUUCUAUCUUUUAUUAUUAUUAUUUUUUAAUUGUAUCGCUUCUGGCCUUGCACAUGGAGACACAAUGCAGUUUGUGGUGCUGAGAUAUAGGGAAUGCCAGGGGCCGAAGCAUCAAGUUUUAUGAAGUGUAGCUGCUUCAGUCCCUUCAGAAGUGCUCAGAAAUGUAUACCAUGGCCUUUUGUUUUAAACCUCUAUGCUGCAAGCUUGGAUUUUACUUAGAAUUUAUGCUGGAAACAACUUAGUAGUACAAAGAACCCCCUGUUCAAAAUUACACCCCACACCACUUCCAGCUACUCAGUAGAUGGGAAUAUUUUAGACAAAACAGAAUUUUGAUUAUCAGUACAUGUGAGAAAAUAGACAUUACACAGUGAGACAGGAACCAACCCGGCGUGGUUACCCAUCUUCACUGCCCUGCAGCUACAGGCCACACGAUCGUAACAAUCAUGAAUUUUAAUACAGUACUUUGAGUUUAGAUCAAGGAAACAUGAGAUCUGAAUGGAAUUUAUUCUUUGAUCACAGGCCAGAGACAUACAACAUACCCAGAGCAGCCUGAGGAGCAGUUGCCUUACUUAAGGGCACUUCAGCCAUUCCUGCUGGUCCAGGGAAUCAAACUGGCAACCUUUUGGUCCCAAAGCUGCUUCUCUAACCAUUAGGCCAUGGCUUCCUGACCGUUUGUUAAAUUGGAAACCUGUACGUUCCGUGACAUGGACAAGUUUAUAUAAAAAAAAAUAAUAAUAAAAAAUAAAAAAACACUUCUGAAAAAUUUUCAGUGUGAACUAGGCUUGUAAUCUGGUUUCAUUUCACUGUGUGGCAUACAGAGCUGUAUGAAAAUUAAAUGUCCCUGCUAGAACCCUGCAUGUGCCAACGUUGUCUCCUCCCGACGGUCUUUUAUGACAGUGUUUCUCUCUCUCUCUCUCUUACAAAUGUACUAAUAAAUAAGGAGUUCACCUAGCUUACUGUUGUUAAAAAAAAUGCCACAUACUGUAAACUGAUCUCUAUUCCUGUAGUGACUGUGGGAAUACUUUACAAUUUGUCCCGCUGUACUGUCGCUAUCCUCAUUCCCAUGCAACUCUCUAGUGUGUAAUUGAUGCACUGAUGGUAGUGUACUCUCCUGCUCUUCAGACAAGGACAGGAACGAUAGGAUUAACAUUCGAGUAAUCAGUGUUCGCGCUGAAUCAUGCAUUUUUAUUAAUUCAAUGAGCUCAUACAAUAAGCACAACCGCACCGUAAAGUCUUAUCACGAACUGAACAUUGAGGAAGCGUGAAGGGAUGUUGUGCUUGAGCAUUCUCCUGUUUGCUGUGUAUAUACAUUAACUGUUACCAAACUUGAGCGGUUACUUUCCCCAUACUGCAGCUAUACUUCCAUUAACCGACUUAAACCCUUUGCACAGACAAAUGAACUUUUCAUCUAAACGUAUAUGCCAUAUAAAGGAAUAUUCCAGAAAUACUCAACCUAAUAUCUAUCCAUUGUGUCUGUACCGUGUGUGCGCUUUUCAGAGACGAACACAUUUUUCUGAAACCCUGAUGACUUGAAACAUUUUAUAAUGGUUGUCUAAGGGCAGUCAUUAAAUUCUUUCAGUAUUUUUUUUUUUAAAUUAAUGACUUGUACCACUAGCAGGAAUCAAUUCAAUUAAAUUUUAUUCGCUCAUCUGGCCAUAAGGCUGAGGAGUUAUUGCCAUGGCGUGGCGUUCAUCGUCCGUCCAUCAUCCACAAUUCAGUUAAAUUGCAUCUCCUCCAUCAGUUCUCCACGGAUUUCCGUUCCGAUUGUUUUGUUUGAAAGAACGCAUCACAUCACACAAAACGUGGUGGUUGUUUUGUCAAUUUUUUUGCUAAUGAGUUAGUAAUUACGCUAAAUUAACAAAUUUUCCAGGCCUCUCACUGGAAUUGUAUCUCCUCUCUCAUUUCUCAUCCAAUUCCAGUUCUGAUUGAUGCUUUGGGUAGAUCUUCCCUUGAGGAACAAAACUUUGUUUGUUGAUUUUCCUGUUGUAAACAAUUUGUUUACAACUUUGUUGAUUUUCAGUUAAAUCAUAUCUCCUCCCUCAAUUCUCAAUGCAUUUCAGUUCUGAUUGUUUUGUUUGAAAGAACUAGUCAUUCUGCACAAAACAUGGUCAUUGUAUUAUCAAUGUUUUGCUAACAAACUGCUAAGUAGGUCAUCUUAACUAGUUUUCAAAUUCAGUUCUGAUCGAUAUUUUGGGUAGAUCUUCCCUCUGGGAACAAAAUGUAGUUCUUUUGUUGAUUUUCCUGCUCUAAACAAUUUGUCGUGGAAAUUGGUCCUCUCUCACAUUUGUCACAUUUCGGUUCUGUUUGAUGUUUUGGUGGUCAUGAUUGUUUUGAUGGCAGGCCAGAUGAGCUACUACAUCCUUCAUGUUCUGAUUCUUGGAUUCCUGUAGCAGUUCUUGGGUAAAAAUCUACAGUAUCCAGAUGAGAUUACUCCCUGAAGCAAGGUUGAAUCUUGGGCAAGAAAUGAUUGAGAAUUGCAAAUCAAUUAAGAUUUUAGAACAAGAGACUUAAGUCUUAUCAAGUUUUUUCAAGUUCAAGUUUUAUUCAAUUUUCGAACCAUGUAGCUAUACACUAAAAGUGUAAGUCUUUAUAUACACACAUUUACCAGCUGGGAGGUCCGUAUCAUGAAAUACCGUGACCGAGGUCUUGAAAACACUGACCAAGGCCUCUGGGCCGAGGUCAGUAUUUUCAAGGCCGAGGUCACGGUAUUUCACAAUACGGACCGACCUUAAGCUGGUAAAUAAUAUAUUUAUUUUUUUCUUUACGAAAUUCUAACAGGAAAUGAGACCGCCCGAAAGGGAAACCAUGUUUAGAACAAACCUGAUUCAGAUAGCGCUGGAUACUUCUCUGGAAAGACGUGAGCGAGGACGGCUCGUACACAUUGCCAUUUUUCUUUGUUGCGGACAUGAAAAAGUUGCACAGCAACAUGUUUAGUUCUUCACCAGGUAUGUCUUCCACCUUUCGACCUUCAUUUAGGUUUCGACAGAACUUCCCAAAGACAUUGAGGUCGUAGGUCGUCUUUUUUGUUGUAUUUUCUGCCCUUUGCUCCUCAAUAAACUGCUGGAUUUGCUCGGCGUUAGCAACAGUUACAGGUUUUUGGCUUUCUCCUGAAAUGUUUUAUUUCGUCUUCAUCAGGGUAGUAAAACUCGCUUUCGCUGUGAACACUGUCAUCGCUAUCUAUGCUUUAAAAUUAAUGCUGUUAUACUGAGAAAUGCGAAAAUAAAUGUUGACAAAAAAUUGCUACUAUGUUUGUUGUUGUGAACGAGCGAGUCACCAAAGGUCCGUAACCGGGGCCCGUAUUGUAGGAUUCCGGACUGCUCACGAGCCAAUCGGAGCGCACGAUUUGAUGGAAACUGGACCGCGAAAAAAAUAAAAGCUAUAAUUUACAAAAAUCUUUGAUAGAAUUUGUUAGUGUGCUACAGAAAUCUGAGUUGAACAUAAACAUUGACUGACUGCCCUUAGACUUCUAUUAUAUGUGAUUUUUCAAGUAAAUCGUUUUGUUUUCCAUUGUUUACACAGUACAGAGAAAUGUGUUAAUUCUUGUUUGUAGUAGUUGCCCAAAUGCUACUACAAACCCAGUAAAAAGAUUAAGCCUUUUUUUUUUUAAACAUGACUUGAUCUUAUGAUCUUUAUCAUUUGUGCACCCAAUUUAUUUAAUUGUAGCCUCUGGACAAUGUAGUAAAUCUCUGUUAUUGUAGCAUUGGCAUGGCUUCUUUGUGCUUUUCUGAAAGACCUAAUUUCUGUUGUCCUUCUCCUUACUUGCAAAACCAUCCAAACGUGCUGUUUUAUUUUAUUUUUUUAUUUUACUUCAAAACAGUUUACUAUGCCAGUCUGUUAGGGGAAAAAACCUCCCCAUGUGGAUAUCACCUACUAAAGCCGAUGUACUUGACUAGCCACAUGACCCUGUGCUAAGCAGCACUUUAUCCAAGUAGCAUUGUGUGUGUCUGUGUGUGUGUUGUUUCUGUUCCUACUACUAUGGCACAUUAUUCUUGUUAAUUAGCUGUCAGUGUCUCACUCUGUGCGUUUGCUUAUUUUCCUCGCCGUCUUGUUGAAUAGAGUCACCAAUGAUUUAACUCUAAAUGUUCAAUGCUGUAACUAAAAUUUUAGAGUUCUUAAUGAGUGCAAAAGCAAACAGUGAACACAACAUUUGAAUCCUUUAGAGUUUUUAGGGGAGGAUUGAAGCUCUCAGUAACUAAUGUUGCUCACAAAUAAUCCUAGGAAUCACAUGACCUCAGUGAAGAGCCAGACGGCACAUUAGAAAGGAAGCACAGAAUUUACUGGAAACGAUUUGCCAAAUAUUAUGUCUGUAUUACAGUUUGUUGUUGUUUGCUAUGCCGUUUAUGUGCUCUGUUCACAGAGUCAAAUAGUUGUCUUAGCCUGAUUUGAUCCCUAGGAGAUCUAGGGGCAUGAGAAUGGGCCCACUGUUUUUGUGGAGUCAGUGGUACUGCAAGGCACUAAGGGUUAAAACUGAUUUUUAAAAUCAGCAGAUAUUUUGAAGAGGUUUGUUUUUUGAGUGUUAGGCUUUCUUCUGUCUUGUUUUUAUCCCCCGCUGGCCCAAAGGCCCGAAGGGGGAUUAUGUCGUAGCGAUUUCCUUCCAUUUGUCCGUCCAUCCUGGGAAGGGUGUUCACUUUUAGAAAUCAACUCCUCUCACAGUUUUUGGAGGAAUUUCACGAAAUUUGGUAGGAUUCUUUGUUAUAUAUCAGUAGUACUCAUAUUGUAAUUUUGUUAAAUUCGGUCACAUUUUACCAGAGUUACAGCCCUUGAUUAACAAAAUUUAUAAUUUGACAAUUUAAUGAGAAUGUGCUUUCCUUCUGAAAUCAACUCCUCUCACAAUUGUUGGAGGAAUUUCACCGAACUUGGCAAAACACAUUGUUAUAUGUUGGUAGUAUGCAUAUUGUAAUUUUGUUAAAUUCGGUUGCAUUUUACUAGAGUUACAGCCCUUGAUUAACAACCUUGUACUUUCACAAUUUCAUGAAGGUGUGCUUGCCUUCUGACAUCAACUCUUCACAAUUUUUGGAUGAAUUUCUCGAAGCUUGGCAAAAGGCCUUGUUAUAUGACGGUAAUACGCAUAUUGCGAUUUAAUUUCGUUUGUGAAAAUUUUACCAGAGUUUUGACCCUUGAUUAAAUAACUUGUACUUUGACAAUUUCAUGAGGGUGUAUGUUCUUCUGAAAUCAACUCCUCUCACAAUUUGUGGAGGAAUUUCACCAAACUUGGCAGAAGGCUUUGUUAUAUAACAGUUAUACACAUAGAAAUUUCGUUUCAUUUGGACAAAUUUUACCAGAGUUAUGCCCUUGAUUAUUAACAAACUUGUACUUUGGCAAUUUCAUCAAGGUGUGCUUGCUUUCUGAAAUCAACUUCCCUCACAAUUUUUAUUAUCCCCUGCUGGCUGAAAGGCCUGAAGGGGGAUUAUGUCGUGGCGUUGUCCGUCUGUCCGUCCGUCCGUCCUGGGAAGGGUACUCCCCUUCUGAAAUCAACUCCUCUGACAAUUUUUGGAGGAAUUUCACGAAACUUGACAGGAUUUUUUGUUAUAUGUCGGUAAUACGCAUAUUGCAAUUUCGUUCAGUUCAGUCGCAUUUUGCCAGAGUUAUGGCAGAGUUGCCAGCGGGGGAUAUUGUGCUCUCAGAGCACUCUUGUUCAUUCAUCAGUCAGCUCACUCAAGAUGUUGGGGACCUUCUCUUUCACCCAUUUUGCUGUUUUGUUGGAUGUUUUAAGUUGUUUUGUUUGAUUUGGUUGUCCAUGUUUAUAUGGUUAGCCAAAGACUAACUUUUUUUUUUUUUAAUAUGACCUUUAGUUGAACCAGUUAAGAAAACUAUAUAUAAACCACAAUUAAUCAUUAACCUGAGAUCAAUUAAUUGAUGCCAUUUUUAAAACUAGGUAAAUGUUCAUUAUGGUCAUUUGGUUACUAAGUUCUCAAUCUGUCAGUAAGCUAUAGAGCUGCCCUGUGAUCAAUGAAAGGAAGAUUUCACACAAAAAAAAUCAUGUUAACAUGCCUCUGAACAGUUUUUAAAGAACUUGUCUAAUAUAAAUGUGUUGUACCUUUUUUCUAUUUAAUUAAACUAAUUUAACAUA